AUGUCAUUAGCACCAUUACAAACAAUUAAUGACAAGCAAGUAAAUACCCGUUCUAGAGCUGUUAAUACUCCUGUCAAAAAUGCUUUGAAACCAAAUACACCAAUUUAUUCACAACAUAAUAAUCCAGACGACAAAGAAAAUAAUGAUCCAUCACCAGAAAUUAAUGCCAAUAACAAGCAUAAGAGAGUUAUGACAGAACAACCUCAACCAAAGAAGAAAAAGGAAAAACUCUCAUCCUUAUGUAAGACACCGCCAUCAUUAAUUAAGACAAGAGGCAGAGACUACCGUAGAGAACAUUUCCUUGGAGAAGGUGGAUUUGCACGUUGCUUCCAAAUAAAAGAUGAAAGUGGGAAAAUUUUUGCCGCUAAGACAGUGGCUAAAAUAUCUAUUAAAUCUGAAAAGACUAAGAGAAAAUUAUUAUCAGAAAUUCAAAUCCAUAAGAGUAUGAAACAUUCGAAUAUUGUUCAAUUUAUUGAUUGUUUUGAAGAUGAUGCAAACGUUUAUAUCUUAUUGGAAAUUUGUCCCAAUGGUUCUUUAAUGGAUCUUUUAAAAAAAAGGAAAAGUUUAACUGAACCUGAAGUUAGAUUUUUCACAACUCAAAUAUGUGGUGCCAUUAAAUAUUUGCAUUCAAGACGAAUUAUUCAUAGAGAUUUAAAGUUAGGAAAUAUUUUCUUUGAUAAAGAUUAUAAUCUAAAAGUAGGUGAUUUUGGAUUAGCUGCUGUAUUGGCUAAUGAUCGUGAAAGAAAAUAUACCGUUUGUGGUACUCCAAAUUAUAUUGCUCCAGAAGUUUUAAUGGGUAAACAUUCAGGUCAUUCCUUUGAAGUUGAUAUAUGGUCAAUUGGGGUUAUGAUUUAUGCAUUGUUAGUCGGUAAACCCCCAUUUCAAGCUAAAGAUGUUAAUGUUAUAUAUGAAAGAAUAAAACUUUGUAAAUAUGGUUAUCCAAAGGAUAAAUAUGUUUCCAAAGAAGCAGAAAUAUUAAUUCAUGACAUUUUAUCAUUAAAUCCAUUACAAAGGCCUACCAUAAUAGAUAUAAUUGAUGAUGUUUGGUUUAGAGGGGUUUUCCCAGCUAGAAUCAGUCCUGACGUUAUGGAUACAGUUCCAAACUAUGAAGAAGAAUUAACAUUAGAAGAAUCAUUUAUAAAUUUCAAAAAUUGUAUGGCUAAUUGUGGUUUAAUUGAGAGUGGGAAUAAGCGUAGAACAAGCAGUAGUAAUAAAAUUUCCUCCGUUACAGGAAACGAUGAUAAUGGUACUAAUAUUGAAGGGACAUCAAAUGUUUCUUCUAGUAAGACAGAAUCAAAUAAUGGACCAUCAGCCAAUGCAACGAAUACUGCAUCUUCUAGUAAUAAACCAUUUGAUUAUAGGACAAUACUCCCACAUGCUUUAUCCCCUGGUGGGACGAAGAAUAAAUAUAAAGAGGUUAUUGAUCUAGAGGCACAAAGGAAAUUGAACAAUCUUGCGCGUGAGGCAAGAAUUCGUAGAGCACAACAAAGUAAUAUGAAAAACAGUUUACAACCAAUGUUAUCCAAUGUAAUUAAAUCUGAAAUUUCAUUAAGAAUUUUAUCAAGUGAAUGUUUAUUGGCAAUGAAUGGUAUUCUUGAAGCUGAAGCACAAAAGAAAAUGGGUGGAUUACCGAAACUUAGAUUACCUAAGAUUAAACAUCCUAUAGUGGUUACUAAAUGGGUAGAUUAUUCAAAUAAACAUGGAUUUUCAUAUCAAUUAUCCACCGAGGAUAUUGGUGUUUUGUUUAAUAAUGGUACUACUGUUCUCCGAUUAGCUGAUGCAGAAGAAUUCUGGUAUAUUAGUUAUGACGAUAGAGAAGGUUGGGUGGCAGGUCAUUAUCUUUUAGCAGAUAGACCAAGAGAACUUUCAAGACAUUUAGAGAUUGUUGAAUUUUUCGCUAAAUAUAUGUCAGCAAAUUUAAGUCGAGUUUCUACAUUUGUUAGAGAAGAAUAUCAUAAAGAUGAUGUUUUUUUAAGAAGGUAUACAAGAUAUAAACAAUUCGUAAUGUUUGAAUUAAGUGAUGGUACAUUCCAAUUUAAUUUUAAAGAUCAUCAUAAAUUCGCCAUAUCGGAAGGUGGCAAAUUAGUUACAUAUAUUUCUCCAGAUCAUGCAAGUUUGACGUAUCCAUUGGUGGAAGUAUUGAAAAAUGGUGGAAUACCUAAUAAUCCAGGAUGUAAUUUUAUGGAAAAACUAUAUUUAAUAAAGGAAGGUUUGAAGCAAAAAUCUUCCAUACUCACCUUAGGUCAAACAUAA